CAACCGAUGCGGCGCCAAGCCGACUCCCUCGACUCUUCGGCGCAGCGGCGAUGGGCUCCACUUCAUCAACGACCUCGGCACCUCGCCAUCCUCCGCGGGCCCCACUUCAUCAACGACCGCGUCAUUGCCUUCUACUUCGCCCACCUCUCCUCCUCCUCCUCCUUCGCCGUCGAGGACACCGACGACCUCCUCAUGCUCCUGCCCUCCAUCCCCUACCUCCUAUCCAACCUCCCUGAUCCGGCCGCCGUCGCCGAGCCGCUCCGCCUGGCCUCCCGCCGCCUCGUGCUGCUCCCCGUCAACGACAACCCCCAUGCUCCCUCCCCGAGGGCGGCUCUUGUUGAGCUUAAUGACGGGGUUGCUUGCUCUGUUUUCAUUUUUGAACAACUGGUUUAGGAAGACGAAGAACAUGUAGAGCAUACACACUUGUGUAAGUAAAUCUUUGGCAAAACACACUUGAGUAAGCAAAGUUUUGGGCAAAACCCCGUGCUGCAACAGAGCACAAGACUAAGCGGAAGAUGCAAGGUCACGAGAAGAUUGCUGCUCUGAAGCCUGUGGCCUCCAGGCCUUUCUCAAGCUUCCAGACCUACUCACAGCUCCUAAAAGACUUCACCGCCAUUGGUUCUGCACCAAUCACCGUCCUGGAGGAAACGAAUCUAAUUAGGCCAAAGACAACGCGGUUCACAUCGGUACCGAGUGAUCUUCCGACAGAAAUAACUGCAACCACACUGCAGGAUGCUGGUUCAGGUACCACACUUGAAGACAUGGAAGUAGAUACAGAACAGUUUGUCUCUUUUGACCAUCUGACAGCAUGCCACACUAUCAGGAAGCCUAUGAGCAGUGUGAAGAACCGUUUGUCAUAUGAUGGCUACAGCUGGAGGAAGUAUGGACAGAAGCAAGUGAAAGGGAGCGAAUUCCCGCGGAGCUACUACAAGUGCACUCAUCCAAGCUGCCUUGUCAAGAGAAAGGUGGAGAAGACAAUAGAUGGGCAGAUUGCUGAAAUUGUAUACAGCGGUGAGCACAACCACCCCAAGCCUCAUCCUCCCAGGAAUACGUUGUCAUUGCCAAGUACAGAGGUUGUGGUCGUGGACCUGCAUGGUACGAAUGAUGCAGGACUAGAAAGCCAGAUAGGAGGACGCAAUCGGGCUCCUGGUACUGCUGUUACAGCAUCUAGAGGCAAUUAUAAUUGCUUUGACGAAGUUAGAAAAAUGAGUGAGCUCACUGACAACAAGAAGAGCACAAGGGAGAAGCAAUCAAGUAACGCAAGCAGCCUGACAGCUUAUACUGAGCCUACUCCUGCUUCCCAAACUUGGACAGACUGCGAGUUAUCUGGGGAUGCAUUCGGUUGGCGCAAGUAUGGUCAGAAGGUUGUGAAGGGAAAUUCACUUCCGAGGAGUUACUACAGGUGCAGUGCACCGAGAUGCAACGCACGCAAGUACGUGGAGCGUGCACCCCAUAACCAUGAUUCAUCGGGGAGGUCAUCUUCUGUGACCACCACCUAUCAGGGAAGGCACAAUCACGACAUUAUUCCCUCGGGUUCUGGCAGGCUUCUUCAAGGGUGAAGGAGGUAACAAAGUACGUAUAAUUCCUCAGAGAAGAAACUGGUUAGAGUUGUCAAGAGUGAAAGAAUGGUGGUGUUCCUAGCUAGUACUUAUAUGUUUGUGAUGUAGAAUGGUUGUGUUCUUGGGGAAAUGAACUCUUACUCUAUAAUAAUUCUCUCAGAUUGUGUAACCAACCGACCAGCCUAAUUGAGUCUGAGUUGUUACCAGUAGAUAGGGCAGGACAAUUGUAAUCGAUCUACCCACAGCGCAGGGAGAGCCCAAAACAUGCAUGUUGCGGCGGAGUGAGCUAAUGUGUUCACUAUGAAUGCAGACACAAGAUCAAGCACAUAUUCUUUCUCUUGGUGUUCUUCGAUGGCGGGGAUGAACCUGGUCAUCCCUUGACAGGUUCAUCCCUUGGUGUCGAGGGUUCUUCCCUUCCCUUCCCUUCCCUUCCCUUGGUGCGUUCUUUCUCCGUCCGGAGGUUGAUGCCUCGAUCAGGAGGUUGUCGGGGUGAACAAUGUUAUCUCCAGCCUCGCCACGAAACACUCCACUUUGUCCUCCAUCUCGACGGGAUUCUCCCCGCCGCCUCCCUCCAUUUCCAUUCCACUCCAAGAUGAUUCAGCAGCACCAAUCCCCAAACUUUUUAGAUUGCAGCAGGUACCUUCUCUUCGUCGGAGCCGGGUUUGGAGCUGGCCACCUUCU